UAGUGUUUGCUAGUGCUCGUAGGUUAUAUUACAUUCGUGCUUCUAUCCCCUACCAGCAAAAAACAGGAUUCGGUUAUCGAGCCAUAAGCACCUCAAACAGAAAUACGGCUCACAUGAUGCACGAUAUGAUUAGUCGAGCCAUAUGCUUUCUUUUUUAGCCCAACCAAUUCGACGUCUCAUUUUUGCGGCACUCGCCGAGUGUCCACACUUUUGUGCUCUCAGCUUGCAAGAUUCGAUAAUCGAAGCAUCUCGAUCGCUUAUUACAAUAUCCGUACAAAUUAACUACACUGUGAAUAGCCGCUAUAGCAGAAGUACAAAAACAAGCAGCUCAUCACAACAACCUCGUACUCGUUCCGCCAGUCCACAUACGACCAGAACUAUUGCCCUCAAUACGGAGUACUCGGAUCUAAGAAAUUCAAAUUCUAAUCUUCUAGCCAGACACGCCGAAACUUAACUCCAGUUGAGUCCUCCUUUUGGGCUUUCUUGGCUUCAAGAAUAAAAAUGCAUACUUUUUCCUACAAUGGCUCCGUAAAUGUGUUCCGAAAACCGGGCGCAAUAUCC